AGUUUGCAAUAAUUUCUUUUUUUUUGUAGCAAGUUCUUUGGGAGUAUAUCUGAUCAACGUGCCAAUCGUGUUGUAUAAUCUUAUUUUGUCAGACGAAGGGAGAGAAGUAAUUCAAUCUAUAGACGGCCAAACGUGAUUUACAACUGGACUGCGCCAUGAACUACGAUUAUCUAACUGCGGAGCAGAAGCAACAGCUUCAAUACCAACAACAACAGCAACAACAUCAACAGGAACAGCAGCAGCAACAACAACAACAUAUACUUCAACACGAACAAGGACUCUUUAAGCAACAAGUUCCAAAUCUUCUGUACGGAAAUCAACAACAAAAACAACAACAACAACCAUCGAAUUAUGAUGAUAGUUAUAUGGAUGAAGACACCACAGUAGAUCAUAUUAAUCAAUAUGCUGGCUCUCCAACAAUGGAAAAUACUUCGUACCAGAAGUCUCCUGCAUUUGCUUCAUCCAGUAAGUUUAGUUUCCAGAGCUCAUUGGGUAGUAGUCCUUCAAGAAUGGGAGGUCCUCAAUCCGGUGGGUAUGGAAACUUCCAAUCCAUUGAUUCUCAAAAUUCAUUGAACUUUACUCCACCCACUGCCAAUUCUCAAAACAUGAUGUCUAAUUUUACUCAAUUAAGUAAUAUCAGCAAUACAAAUUUGUCGGAAAUAAGUAAUACCACUUCCAAUUUCUCAAGUUCUCAUCCACAGGGAGAACUUGCGGGAGUCAUGCCCCCAAUAAGAAGAAACGGAGAAGGGAUUUAUGGCGACGCAAAUGCAAGUACACAUAGCUUGGGAGGAGGCGAGAGUCAAGAACAUUAUAGACAAGAACAACAGAAGGCUCAAGAGCUCGCACAACAGCAAGCACAGCAACAAGCACAGCAGCAAGCUCAACAACAGGCACAACUAGCACAGCAGCAAGCACAGCAAAAAGCUCAACAACAUGCUCAACAACAAGCUCAACAACAUGCUCAACAACAAGCUCAACAACAAGCUCAACAACAAGCUCAGCAACAAGCUGAACAACAUGCUCAACAACAGGCACAGCUAGCCCAACAACAGGCACAACAACAAGCAAAACAACUCCAUGCACAACAAUUAGCUCAACAGAGUCAAUCACAACAGCACCCUUCAAACGGUAGUCAGGUACCUACCAAAAACAAUUAUGUAUAUUUUGACCGUAAUCCGGACGUAUUGAGUAAAUUUUCACAAGAUAAAGCCUCAGGAAUGAAGUUAAAAUUGGAAAAUUAUUAUCAAAUGUCCGUUUCUCAUGCUAUUGAAAGAAACCAAAGAAGAUUAGAUUUGGAACAUAAAUUAACAGUUGAAGACGCUGGAUCAUCUGAAGAACGCAAAAAUAGACAAUUACAAAACUUGGGUAAGAAGGAAUCUCAAUUUUUAAGACUUCGAAGAACAAAGCUUGCAUUAGAAGAUUUUAAUACUGUCAAAGUUAUUGGUAAAGGUGCAUUUGGGGAGGUUCGUUUAGUACAAAAGAAGGAUACCGGGAAAAUCUAUGCUAUGAAGACCUUAUUAAAAUCUGAGAUGUACAAGAAAGAUCAAUUGGCACAUGUUAAGGCUGAAAGAGAUGUUUUGGCAGGCUCUGAUUCUCCAUGGGUAGUUUCCUUAUACUAUUCUUUCCAAGAUGCACAAUAUUUGUAUUUAAUUAUGGAAUUUUUACCUGGAGGUGAUUUAAUGACAAUGUUGAUCAGAUGGCAAAUUUUCACCGAAGAUAUCACAAGGUUUUACAUGGCAGAAUGUGUAUUAGCAAUUGAAGCCAUUCAUAAACUAGGUUUUAUUCAUAGAGAUAUCAAACCUGAUAAUAUUCUUAUUGAUAUACGAGGACACAUUAAACUCUCCGAUUUUGGACUUUCAACAGGGUUUCAUAAGACUCAUGAUUCAAAUUAUUAUCGUAAACUUUUAGAAAAGGAGCCACCUCAAUCAAACAAUAAUCAUUUAUCUCCAGCAGCUGCUGGUGGAGCUAACAAUGGGAGAAACUCUAUGAUGGUAGAUGCAAUUCAUUUGACUAUGUCAAAUAGACAACAGAUGCAAACAUGGAGAAAAUCAAGAAGAUUGAUGGCAUACUCCACCGUUGGUACACCAGAUUAUAUUGCACCAGAAAUCUUUAUACAUCAAGGUUAUGGUCAAGAGUGUGAUUGGUGGUCACUUGGUGCCAUUAUGUUUGAAUGUCUUGUUGGAUGGCCACCAUUUUGCUCUGAAACACCACAUGAAACUUAUAGAAAGAUUUUAAAUUGGCAAGAAUCCUUACAAUUUCCUGAAGAUAUUCAUCUUUCUCCAGAAUCAGAGGAUUUGAUUCGAAGCCUUUUAAGCAGUGCUGAAAAUAGGCUUGGAAGAUAUGGAGGAGCAGAUGAAAUCAAACAACAUCCUUUCUUCAGAGGGGUGGAUUGGGAAACGAUUCGAAAAGUUGAUGCUCCAUUUAUUCCAAAAUUGAGAUCCAUUACUGAUACACGUUUCUUCCCAACUGACGAACUUGAGAAUGUUCCUGAUGCUCCUGCUUUAACUCAAGCAGCAGAACAAAGAGAACAACUCAUGAAAAAUGGUGGAAAUGCCAAGGAAGAUCUUCCUUUUAUUGGUUACACAUAUUCUCGGUUCGACUAUCUUACUAGAAAGAAUGCGUUAUAGGAUUAUUGAAAGUAAGUUUAAGCAGAGAAAAUACAAAAGAAAAAU